GUGCAAAGAGAUUGAUCUAUACCAAUUUCACUCUUUCCCCACACACACACGGCAACACCCGUGUUGCACUUGCCCUCUCUUCCUUCCUAUUUCUUCAAUCUUCCACCACUUUUCAUCUUUCCACACAAUUGAAUAACAGUAGGACACAAAAAGGAGGAAGAGAGAAAAGGAGAUCAGAUUCAAUCUCGAAAAUCCAUUUUGUGCAUGUAUAUUUUUGUCUCUUUUGCGCAAUUUCCUUUUGGUUAAUUAAACACAUUGCCAUUAAAUGGAAAAGAAAGUCCUUGAUCUCAUAUUAGUCCCAAGUGGUUUCCUUGUGUUGUUGGCUUACCAUUUCUGGCUUCUCCACCAAGUCAUGAAACAACCCACCAAAACAGUCAUUGGUGUCAAUGCAAUCAAUCGCCGUUUCUGGGUCCAAGCCAUGAUGGAGGAUGCGUCCAAGAAUGGGAUUCUAGCUGUGCAAUCAUUGAGGAACAACAUAAUGGCAUCGACCCUUUUGGCAUCCACAGCUAUAAUGCUGAGUUCCCUCAUUGCUGUGUUGAUGAGCAGUGGCAAUGAGAGAAAAACCGUGGUUUCUGAGGUUUUUGGGGAUAGAACUGAGCUUGGUUUGUCCAUAAAGUUCUUUUCCAUAUUGGUGUGUUUCUUGUUGGCAUUUUUGCUGAAUGUGCAGUCCAUAAGAUACUAUAGCCAUGCAAGCAUCUUAAUCAACGUGCCCUUCAAGAAAGUGUCCCCAAACCUAAGGCAUCAAAUGCUCACAGCUGAGUAUGUUGCCAACACUGUGAACCGAGGUAGUUACUUCUGGUCCCUCGGAUUGCGUGCCUUCUACUUCUCUUUCCCUCUCUUCAUGUGGCUCUUUGGACCCAUUCCUGUGUUCUUCUCUUGCUUUGCCCUUGUUUUCAUGCUAUACUUCUUGGAUGUUACAUUUGAGCGUGGAUGUGCUGGGGUUUCUGAUACUGAUGAUAGUGUUCAAGUUGUUGAAUUGAACAAGCACAAUGUUGAUGUGGAAAUUGGAAAGGCCAAUUAGAAAUUAAAGUAGGUUAAUUAACUUGUUGAGGGUACGUAAUGGCUAUACACUUGUAAAUUAAACCUUUUAUCCCGUCAAAGCUAGAAAUGAUCGUUGAUAUAACUUUUAAUAUUUAUCAUAAAAGCCAACAAACAUAUAUCAUGUAUAAUAAUUUGUAAUGAUGAUUUAAUAUAAAACUAAUUUAUGUUAUUAGUGCGUAACCUAUUUUGUUUGUGAUGGUACGUAUGUACUUAAUUAACCUUUGGCUGAUUGUAUUGGUUAGCUUGUAGGGUAGUAAAAUGUGUAACAAUGCAGUUUCCAAUGUAUUUGAUAGUAGAAAUGGGGAUUCAAAUUCAACUAAAGUUGAAUUGGAUUUCAUGUAAACUCGAUUUGAGAACUCUUAGAUGGUUAUAUUAAAGCUUAUGGAAUGAGUAUUUUUGUUGGUAAUAUUAU